CUUGAAAGUCCUCUGAGAGAAUGGUCCACUGCGACAAUGCUUUUGGACAAAUGAAAUCUGCUAGCAAAGACACAGGGGGUUCCUUAAAAUUAUCGGACUCGUUCUCUUAAAUUUUUAAACUAAACGAGUAUUUCCUUUCUUUUUAAAAAUUAUUUCUCGAUUUAACAUAAUUUUCGCAUCAUCAUGGACAGGGACGCUUACCGCAACUGUUGCAGUCUGGUCAAAAUCCCUCGGCAGUCCUACGAACAGUUCUGCUCGUCGCAUUUCGUCGACUACAUCGACAAAGAUUUGUCUUACCCCAAAUUCUUCAAAAUGUACCUGCUUCCCAAUCACCCGUGCGUCUUUUCCAAGGUAUUUACUGAGGAGUGGAAGUGUAGGAAACAAUGGGUGACUGAGGAGGGAAAGCCUCACUUCCAGAAGCUGCUGCGAGAAUUUGGGGAAACUCCCGUUCCUGUGGCCAACUGCAACGCAAAAGAAUACAAUGCAAACCCAAAGCAAGUGAUGCCUUUUAAAGAAUUCAUCCAGUACUGGAAGGAGCACAUCCAGAAUGGAUAUUCAUCCCCUAAAGGAUGUCUCUAUCUGAAAGACUGGCAUAUGUCCAGGGACUUUCCGGAGCAUCACGUUUAUACCACCCCCAUGUUCUUUACCUCUGACUGGCUGAAUGAAUACUGGGACGCACUUGAAGUGGAUGACUACCGCUUUGUCUACAUGGGGCCCAAAGGAUCGUGGACUCCAUUCCAUGCUGAUGUUUUCCGCUCGUACAGUUGGUCGGCCAACAUCUGCGGCAGGAAGAAGUGGCUGCUGUAUCCCCCUGGGCAGGAGGAGUUCCUGAGAGACACGCAUGGCAACCUCCCCUAUGAUGUCACGUCGGCCGAAAUUCACAACGGGAGCCUUUUCCCGCGCUCCCAGGAGGCCUGCCAGCCUCUUGAGAUCAUCCAGGAGGCUGGUGAAAUUAUUUUUGUGCCCAGUGGAUGGCACCAUCAGGUUUAUAAUCUGGAGGACACCAUUUCCAUCAAUCACAACUGGCUGAAUGGCUGCAACGUGGACAUCAUGUGGCAGUUCCUGCAGAACGAGCUGUCUUCGGUGCAGAAGGAGAUUGACGAGUGGAGAAACACCAUGGAUUCGUGGCAUCAGCACUGUCAGGUCAUCAUGAAGGCCUGCUCAGGCAUCGACUAUAAGGAGUUUGCGUCGUUCCUCAAAAUCGUGGCGGACAACCGUAUGACUUUCUUGAACGCCCGCAGCUCCGGAGACGCCACCGUCUACCCGCGCCACCUUUCCGAGGCGCUCGUCACCCUCGGGCCUUGCCACGCUGCCUUCGACUUGCAACGGGUGGCCCACAUCCUGGAGCUCCUGCUGUGUAACGACGAUUUCAAGAGGCUGGACCACUCGCAGCCGGAAACAUUGUUACAGCAAAUUCGGGACACCAUACAGUCCACCAGAGGGCAGCAUCUUCUUUAUCAAGACUGAGCGGUCGAGUGAAAUGGGGUUCCUAGGGGCAGACGUUUUUUUUCUCAUAUGAAUCCCUUAACUUUAGCUGUGAACAUAUUUUGAGUUGGACAAUUGGCAUGAGAGUUCAUGAAAGUUAAUGUUUUUAUUUUUUCUACAAAUUGAAACCGUUCCUCUGUGUUUUAAUAACACUGGUCAACUAAUUUUUACAAAAAUCAGAUCUCAUUGGUCGGUGAAUUUUUUUCUUAAGAACAUCAGGCUUUCAUUAUAAUAUUAGAAAUUUAAUGUCAAUAGUGAUACGUUUAGUAGUGUAUUUAUGUAUUAAGGCUUAGGUUCAGCAACAGGUGAAAUUCUAUGAACAUGGCCAUAAGUUACAACACAUGGUAAAAUCUGUACUGCGCAAGCUUUUAUAAGUCAAAUUUUAAGACAAAACAAUGAAAAUAUCUAAAAAAAUCUGGUGUUCCAGAAAAAAAAGUCGACGUUUUUUCAAAUGAGCGUCAAAAAUAUGUUUAGAGAUGCAGACAGCCGUUUCAGAUUUUAAAAAUUGCUUUUGACCGGUGUAACCUUGAUGUUCUUGUCAAAUUACCCCGAAGUAUUAAGAAUUGCAACACAUACAAUAUUUGGUGCCUUGCUGAAGUUAGCCUGUUUUCAGGCGGCUGUCCUGUUGUCUCAUGCAAAGGAGCCACUGCUCACCCGAGCCACUCUACUGUGUGCUAUGCCAAUGCAGAUCUGGCUUUUGUUACUAUAACAACUAUGGACGGCGCUUGAUCACUUUAAUCAUCAAACCAUCUAAUUAAAUGUCAAUAAUUUUGUGGAUCCAGGCAUGUGGCUUAUUAAAUUGAGACAUCAGCAAGCAGCACUGCUUACCUUUUGGCUUUUACAUGAUGGUUCUUCAGUGUAGUUGCUUGACAAUAGCCCAGUGUUUGAGUGGUAUUAUCUAAAUUAAAAUAUGACAUCACAGCAAGGCCAAAUUCUGAACAGCUCAUUUGCAGAACUAUUAUCAGAAAUUGGUAGCUAGCAAAAGGCUUACUUGGUUGUUUAAAUGUUCUCAGUGGAAAACAAUCAAAUAGGAUGAUACUGUAUUUCGUUGCCUCAUAAGCCUCAACGGCCUUGGAGUGUUUUGCAGAAUUUUGGAACCUCGUUUUGACAUACUUGUGAGCCUGGAAAUAACUUGAAUGCAAAUGAAAAGAUGACACGAAAGGCACUUAUUACAUUAAUCUAAUAUUUAUUGCAUACGGCAUCAUAUGUCAUGUUUAGUUAAAGCUCAAGACAUUUUAUGACAUGAUUGGUUUGUCGCUGUGAAGUGCAUGUGUCAAUCUCAUUGUUUGCCCUUUAAAAAUAAACACAGUCAAGUUGUGACAUUGAAA